AUGGCGCAGCUUUGGCGGCGCUGGCAUCGACGCUGGCAUGGCUCCGUGCUGGCAGCGCUGCGCUCGUCUCGCUGGCCGGUGGAGGCGCUGGCGGAUCGGCAGCAGCCCGCUCUCAGCCGCGUCUACGGCUGGAUCAUCGAGCACACGCGCCGCAGGGAGGCGAGUCACGCGCAGCGCGUCGCUCCUCGCCGCGUCCCCGUGCUGAGCGUGGGGAACGUGACGUUCGGAGCCACGGGCAAGACGCCGUUCGUGCAGUUCCUGGUCGACUACGUGCUCAAGAACGGCGGAGGAGACCGAGUGCCGCUGCUGCUCAGUCGCGGCUAUGGCGACGACGAGUGGCGGAUGCUGGCCAAGCAGUUCCCGAGGUGCGAAUUGGCGCUGGGAGGUGAUCGCUUGGCGGUGGGGAGGGCUAAGGUGAAGGAGCUCGGGGGAGACGCAGCACCUUUAAGCUGCGUGGUGCUGGACGAUGGUCUGCAGCAGUGGAGACUGGUCAAGGACCUGGAGAUCGUCAUGGUGGACGCCUUGCAUCCGCUGGGGAACGGACUGUUACUGCCGUGUGGAAGUCUGCGCGAGCUGCCACGUGAAGCCCUUGAUCGAGCAGAUGUGGUGGUUGUGCACCACGCGGAUGCACUGGAGGAAGAGCAGACGCGGGCGUUGUUGACUGGUUUGCGGGCGCUGAUGAAUCCGCACCGGAGUCCGAUUGUUGCCACCUCUCGGAUGAAGGUGGUGAGGCUUGUUCCAGCUACUCAACUGCUGAGUGGAAGCAGAGGUGGUGAUGCAGAGCGAGUGUGCUUGGAUGGACGCGCUGCUCUUGUGGUGUGCGGCGUGGGCAACCCAGAGUCCGUCAAGUUGGUGGUGCAAAAGGUGGCUCGCUGGGCCCAUACGGAGCUCAAAGCGUUCCCUGACCACCACGCAUUCUGUGAGGGAGAUGCCUCUGAUGUUGUGAGCUGGGUGAGUGAGCUGGAAGCUGAUGGGCAUGCUGUGGUGGUUGUAACCACGGAGAAGGACUUCGCUCGAUCGCCUGUUGUCAUGGAAAGUCUCGCGGAGAGAGUGGAUCUGCGGGCGCUUCAAUGUGAACUCGAGUUGAUGCACAAUGGUGAACAGGUCAAGCAACGCAUUGACUCCCUGCUUGGGUAA